AUGGAUUUAUAUCGAAUAUCGCUAAACACAUUACGAAGUCAAAGUCAAUACAAAGAAGAUGUUGAUAUCGAAAUAGGAGAGAAAUUAAUGGGAGCAUCCGGGAAAAUUUUUUAUCGAGCGCGAUGGUUAAAUGGUCGAAAUUCACCGAUCGUUGUCUUGGAAAUGACAGGUGAGGGUGCAGCGGUGGAAAUUAUUCGUUAUAUUUCACUUGAUCAUCCAAAUAUUAUCAAAACUCAUGGAACAAUUACACCAAAUCCUGAACGAGAACGAUUUAGAGAAUCUGUUCUACUUUUACAAGAAUAUGCUGAAGAUGGAGAUCUUUGGCGACUUUUGAAUGGACGAGUUUUUAUUCCAAGUUCGCGCGUACUACUGGAAAUAUUUAUUCAAAUAUGUUGUGCAAUGAUUUAUCUUUCCGAUCAUCAGAUCAUUCAUGGUGAUUUAGCUUGUCGAAAUGUUUUAGUCGUUAGAUCUCAUCCGACAGAUCCGAAAGGAAAUUUAGUUAAAUUAAUCGACUUUGGAUUAACACAAGAUCUGUCAAACUCGUCAAUGACUGAAAUUAUCUAUCCGAUACGUUAUGCAGCACCAGAAAUCAUUGCCAGUGGUGGACUGUUUGGAUAUUCACAAGCAUCGGAUGUUUAUUCAUUCGCUGUUUUAAUGUGGGAAGCGUAUUCAUCGGAAAAAAAUUAUCCGUACGACUCAAUAUUUGAUGAUAAUGAAGUUGCUCAACGAAAACGACAAGGAGAAUUAUUACCGAAACCACCAAAAUGUGAUGCGGAUAUUUGGGCGUUAAUGCUCGAAUGUUGGAAGGAGAGAGCAGACGAUCGACCAGAUUUCAAAUCUAUACACACACAAUUAUUAGAGAUUCAACAGACUGAAAGAUCAUCAAGUAUGAUGAAUUUAAGCUUCGAUGGACGUCAGACAAGUUUAUACAGAUCCAAUUAUGAAUUACAGGGUGACUUUGGACGAGGUAACUCAGUGGAAGCAAAUUCUCAUCGAUACUCUUUGUCGUCGUCCGAAUAUGAAUCAGACGAUAACGAAUUCGAUCUUUGCAAUUUCUGUCAUCAACAGUUUUCGACCGGUCAAAUAAAUAUUCAUGAAAACAAUUGUUUGCAAAAUCCCAAAAAUCAACGAACAAAUAGAUAUUCAUCUAACAAGUCACGUUCAAACUCAAGAAUGUAUAAACAUUAUGGAUACGAUAGUUCUCGUUUGUCGUCAUUCGAUCGACCUGAUGAUCGCCCACCAUUACGAUAUACGAGUGAAAUUUCGAUCAAUACAUUUGACAAGAGAAUGAAAUCUGCACGUGUAGUUCCGAUUCAUCCAAUCGAAAAUCUUCGGACGGAAGAACUUCCCUGUGAAAUAUGUAACAAACUAUUUCCCGCAUCGGAAUAUUCACAGCAUCAAGCUGAAUGUGUUCGACGUGAUCAAAAUCGAAUUGAAAGUAUCAGACUACAAAUUCAAAAUGAAAGAGAUGUUACAACAGUUAUUUGUCAAUAUUGUCAACGAAAUUGUUUAAUUAAUAAUCUCAAUGACCACGAGGCUACUUGUUUAUGCAAUCCAUUCAAUAUGUUUGAAAGUCAACCUCCUUUAACGUUAACGCGUUCAGUUUCAACUCCCGCUAUUCCGAAACCAAAUCAUGUCGAACAGGAACGAAGAACUCCAAAUACCUCAAUACAAUCCGCGAACACCAGGAACCGAAAUCAAUCGAGAAAUGUCCCAGAGAAAAAGACUCUCAAAUCACGGUUGCAUAGUUUUUUCUCACGCUUCAAUCCAUUCAAAAAGAAAUAA